AUGUCUUCCGAGGAAGACGACUCUUUCGCGGAGACUUACCGAUCUUACAAGAUCUCAACCGACUACUUCUUGGACUGGCUCUGGUCCCAGCAUGAAGGCCUCAUUCCGAAGCCAGCCAAAGUCCCCAGAACCACGAAGGGCAUGCUGACAGCUGCGAAGGCUCUAUCGCAGACUUUGAAGAAGAACAAGCACAGUGUCCCCGCCUCCAUCAUCAGUUCACUCCGCAACGCCAUCUUGAAGCGUCGGGAGGCUCUUGCGAUUUACGAGGAACUGGGUGCCGAUGAUGUCAAUCACGGAGUGUUCAUCCAAAGGCUUGAACAGACCUUGUCAAUUCUGACUCCUUUCAUGGCCACGUCCCUUGCCCCAGCUGCUGUGGCUAUCGAUACCGACAAGGGCCACAGUACCAACGCGUUUGCUUCACUUGCCACUCUCGCCAACGAACUUGAUAGUGAUAGUGAUAGCCUCGACCCUACCUCAACAAUCUCCAAGCGCGCCUUUUUGCCGCCCCAAGGUCUAUAUGCCGUCGUGGCACCAUUUGAGUCUAUGCUCGAGGACGACGAACUCAGUGAGCUUGUGGAAGUAAUUGCCAUAGUUCAACAUCUGGAAAAAGUCAAGUCUCAGGUGAGACAAUAUUGGACCGACGCUGCCAAGGGAAUACUUCCGAUUCCACUUGCCUCCUGGCUCACCAGCUUGAUCUUUCGGCAACUUCAAAAACGGUUCGAAGGCAAAUACCUUGGCUCAAGCCGCCGCUUCGAAGCUCAUUGCAGGCGGGCACACAAAUUAUUCACCGACCAUCCCAAACUCGCCGCCGGUUUCGGAAUCUCUGACAUGUCCGGCGCAAUCCACUUCUGCAUCAUUUCGAACGCUAUCAACAAUCACCACAGCAUGUCGAAGCUCUCUGAAGAUCUUUCGAAUAAGCUGAAGGUGAAGCUGGGUACGGACCAUGAACUCAUGUCACAUGACCCGUCUCUUCUCCUUCCGCUGAGAGACCCACCAACCGAGAUGCUGAAGCCUGAUCGUGAUGCUGAACCGCUCCGGAUAUGGGCUGUCGUUGAGAUAUUCAAGAACAUCAAGAGAGACGUCAUUCAAGGGCGCGCGAUCUCGGGUUUAGAAAGCUGGGAUCAGGUACUUGACUGUCCCUCUGAACUCAUUCUGCCCCUGGCUCUGGAAAAUAUUUCCGACCCGCACAAUUCCGCAUCUCUGGAGCUGGCUCUCGGUAUGGACAUAUUUCUUUCUAGCUAUGAGGCAUUUCUGUGGCCGGACGGCAAGCAAAACAAGCAAAACUGCCGUUUACAGUCACUUUUGUUGGCAAAGGACAUGCAGAAGAGCAUCCUUUCGUCCAUCGGCAGCUUGGAGAAGCUAGCUUGUGACCUGAGCUACUACAGCAUGCCUAUUGUAUUCCAGAAGGAGCUUUAUGACCAACUAGGUGCAUACCUCCGCGAGAAAGCAUUUGACCUCUAUCACCAGGCCCCCUGGACUGCAGGAGGUCACAUGCUGGAGAUGCUUUACAAAGCCGGAAGCGCAGGCGCGGCACUUUGCUUCACCACAGAGUUUGUCCCAAGCACUCUUCAUCUUUACAAUGCUCUCACACGGUCAGCCUUCGGCAUGAAAAAGAUUCAACUGAUGGAAGAUCUUUGCGAUCUUACCGUCAACACAGUCUUCCUCGGCAGCAGACCCACACAUAAUUACGUUUCUCACUAUCGCAGAGCUGUGUGGGGCACUAAGAGGAAUAACAAAGGGGUUCCAGGCGACGCCCACAAUGCUGGAUCCCAGUUUCAUCGCGAGCUGAUCCAGACGGUCAGAGUUGGAGAACUCGAGACCGUCUUCCGACACCAGAUUGCCAACGACUACGUCAUGCAUCCCGAAUACUUGGCGAUGGUCUUCGGAGAAAGUCCUGACCUCGCACGUACCGAACCGGUGCGAUCAAGGAUCAGAGGCAUGGCAGGCAAAUCGAAUGUGUUUGACAUCAUGGACAAGUCCAAGAAACUCGUGCUACCAGAGUUUCGAGGUCGUCUUCCGACGGCGAGGCUCGACAUGUUCAAAGUCUUCACUACUUGCGUCGCAGUACUGGAGAGAUUCAGCAUCAUCGUGCAGGGACAGCAUAACGGCGGGGGCGUCGAAUUCCACUUGGUUGCAGACAACCACAUUGUGAAGGGAUCUGGCUUGGUUGAUGUCGUGCUUGGGUUCAUUGUACAGUUCUCCGGAGACAAACACAAGGAGAAAAUACUUCAGAAUCUCUCGCUUCCCACGGCUGCAGCAUGGGCGUUCUUUAUAGAGGUGGAUCAAGGCGCCAAGCUGGAGCACUAUUUGUGGAACAUCUGA